GUUUCGACACUCGGCGGAGGCGAGCCCGGCGCUGGACUCCACUUCCCGGCAGGCUGUCGGGGUCAAGGGGGCGGGAUUCUAUUUCCCAGCAGGCUCCAGGCGGCGGGCGCCGCGGUGCCUUGUGUGGGAUGUAAGCCUGGAGGCCGCCGCCCGCCGCCAUGGGGCUGAAGGCCGCCCAGAAGACGCUGUUCCCGCUGCGCUCCAUCGACGACGUGGUGCGCCUGUUCGCUGCAGAGCUGGGCCGAGAGGAGCCGGACCUGGUGCUCCUCUCCUUGGUUCUGGGCUUCGUGGAGCAUUUCUUGGCUGUCAACCGUGUCAUCCCCACCAAUGUGCCCGAGCUCUCCUUCCAGCCCAGCCCCGCGCCCGACCCUCCCGGCGGCCUCACCUUCUUCCCGGUGGCUGACCUAUCUAUCAUCGCUGCCCUGUAUGCCCGCUUUACGGCUCAGAUCCGCGGCGCGGUCGACUUGUCCCUCUACCCUCGGGAGGGAGGCGUCUCCAGCCGAGAGCUGGUGAAGAAGGUCUCGGAUGUCAUAUGGAACAGCCUCAGCCGCUCCUAUUUCAAGGACCGCGCCCACAUCCAAUCUCUCUUCAGCUUCAUCACAGGCACUAAACUGGACAGCUCGGGUGUAGCCUUUGCUGUUGUGGGGGCCUGCCAGGCCCUGGGUCUUCGGGAUGUCCACCUAGCCUUGUCUGAGGAUCAUGCCUGGGUAGUUUUUGGACCUAAUGGGGAGCAGACAGCUGAGGUCACCUGGCAUGGCAAAGGCAACGAGGACCGCAGGGGUCAGACGGUCAACGCGGGUGUGGCUGAGCGGAGCUGGCUGUACCUGAAGGGAUCAUACAUGCGUUGUGACCGAAAGAUGGAGGUGGCAUUCAUGGUGUGUGCCAUCAAUCCUUCCAUUGACCUACACACUGACUCCCUGGAGCUGCUGCAGCUACAGCAGAAGCUGCUCUGGCUGCUCUAUGACCUGGGACAUCUGGAAAGGUACCCCAUGGCACUGGGGAACCUGGCAGAUCUGGAGGAGCUGGAGCCCACCCCUGGCCGACCCGACCCACUCACUCUCUACCACAAGGGCAUUGCCUCAGCCAAGACCUACUACCGUGAUGAGCACAUCUACCCUUACAUGUACCUAGCUGGCUACCACUGUCGCAAUCGCAAUGUGCGUGAAGCUCUGCAGGCCUGGGCAGACACAGCCACUGUCAUCCAAGACUACAACUACUGCCGGGAGGAUGAGGAGAUCUACAAGGAAUUCUUUGAAGUGGCCAAUGAUGUCAUCCCCAACCUGCUGAAGGAGGCAGCCAGCUUGCUGGAGGCAGGCGAAGAGCGGCCGGGGGAGCAGACCCAGGGCACCCAGAGCCAGGGAUCUGCCCUCCAAGACCCUGAGUGCUUCGCCCACCUGCUUCGGUUCUAUGAUGGCAUCUGCAAGUGGGAGGAGGGCAGCCCCACGCCUGUGCUGCAUGUGGGCUGGGCCACUUUCCUUGUGCAGUCCUUGGGCCGCUUCGAGGGACAGGUGCGGCAGAAGGUGCACAUAGUGAGCCGAGAUGCUGAGGCAGCCGAAGCAGAGGAGCCCUGGGGAGAGGAGGCCCGGGAAGGCCGCAGGCGGGGCCCUCGGCGGGAAUCCAAGCCAGAGGAGCCACCACCUCCCAAGAAGCCCGCGCUGGACAAGGCACCGGGCUCUGGCCAGGGCCCAGGGUCAGGACCCCCCCGGAAGCCCCCGGGGAUGGUCCCAGGCACUGUCCGGGGCCCUGAAGCCGGCACUGCGGCUCAAGUGCCUGUGCCUGCUGCGUCGCCACCUCCGGAGGGCCCUGUGCUCACUUUCCAGAGCGAGAAAAUGAAGGGCAUGAAGGAGCUGCUGGUGGCCACCAAGAUCAACUCGAGCGCCAUCAAGCUGCAGCUCACUGCGCAAUCACAAGUGCAGAUGAAGAAGCAGAAGGUGUCCACGCCCAGCGAUUACACACUGUCUUUCCUCAAGCGGCAGCGCAAGGGCCUCUGAGCCCCCAAGAACUUCCUCCAGCCCACCGCAGCCCGGGCUCCACCUCUCUGACGGAUCCUGGCUGCCUCCCUCCCCACAUCCCAGGCCAUAGCUCCCCAGGACCCAGGACUGUCCUGAGCUCCUGGUUGCUGGCCUGCGGAUGCCUUACUCAGCGCUUGAACUAAGGAUUCACUCCUGCUCGGGAUCCAGGACUCAGUCCUUAGAAUACAGGUCCCAUUUCCUGCA